CUUCUUCUGGGUGUAAAAGAUAACCUUGCACCUCGCCCUGGCUGUCUUCUAACGCCGAAUCUAGCUAUGGCCUCUAAUGACGAGGUUGAGGCAAUCGUCUCUGACCCAAACUUCGAGAUCAUUACAACCUUUGCCUACUCGGCUGGUCUCCCCCACAACGAGGCAUCUCUGUCAGGAUCGCACUGCUACCUGCUUCAGCACGGGAUCGAUCGUCUCCAGGCCGCCGCGUCUGAUCUUUCAUGGACCGCCGUGGCUGAGGACUUGCGUAGCAUCGACCGUUUACAAUCACUGUCUAAGGAGGUCGGCACCCACAUGCUUUCAACCCACGGGGAAGCAUCCAAAGACCCAAGCAGACGCUUCAUCGUGCGCUUGGCCUUGAAGAGGGACGGAAUCCUCAGCAUUAUGUCAGGCCCAAGGCCCAACUCGUCGGAUCCCCUUUACCCAACAACCUUAUCGAACAUCAUAAGCCCUCUCCAUACUUCGGCAAUCCCCAUUUACCUGGACUCGGAGCCGACAACGCCCUCGCUGUUCACCAAGCACAAGACAACGCAUCGCCAGCCUUACAGUGCCGCUUGGAAACGUGUGGGCAUGGACGAGACGACGUCGCCUGCUGGAUGUGAUGUACUGUUACAGAAUGAGAACGGCCAUAUCAUGGGAGCCGCGUUUAGGACGGUUUAUUUUUGGAGGGAUGGCCGACUGGUGACUCCGAGUAGUGCGACUGGAUGCAAGAUGGGCGUCUCGAGGAGAUGGGCAGUAGAAAAUGCAGGUGUGAGGGAGACAUUGAUCCCAGCCAUAGACAUCAGCGAUGGCGAGGUGGUUUGGUUGAGUUCGGCUGUCGGGGGCUUUAUACAGGGAAAGGUUACUCUGGAAAGAAAGACACAAAAUAACUAAGUUUGCGAGCCCACGGAUGCUUGCGGCUCUAUGAUUUACGGCAUUUCUACCAAAAUGAGAGCUCUCGGAUAAAGAAUGGAUGUUCCGUGUAUUUUAUGGCCUGU